GUUAGUUGAGGGCACACUGACAAAAGUCGAGAUUUAGUUCUCCUUCUGACAGUUUAUUUUCUUUUUUUAAAACGAGAAUUUUGAGUCCACGCAUGAUCGAAUGACAUGCCACUUUUCUCAUCAUGUGGAAAACAGUGUCAUCAAGCUACCUACAAGAGCGUCUGCAUUGCAAAACAAAAGACGGACACGUUCAGAUUUUUUUUUUACUAACUCCUUACUGGAUUGUAAAAACCGUUGACCUUAAUAUUAAGCUGCACAGAAAAUGAUCAAAAAUAGUAUUUUAUCGCGAGAUCCUGGCGGCUGCUCUCAUAGUUUGAGUUACUUGAAUCUUUUAUUUUGAAGGUAAUCGGAUGUUGUUUUGUUAGCCUCUCCUGGUUGACAACAGAUAUUGCAGAAUCUCAGCCCGUUUUUGUGUAGUUUAUUACUUGGCGUUGCCUGUGUAACAAAGAACGAUAAAUGUAUUUAAUGCCGUAAAUCCGUCUGUUAACAUGGCGCUGUUGGCUAACCUAUUUGUUGGUUUUGUAAAACUGUUCUGAUGGAGGAGGAAACGACCAUUAUCGUGAUAUAAUCGACUCUUUUACCUCUGAAGGGCCGUCAUGCCGAAAGAGCAGCUUUGUUUCAGGGAAAAUGGUCCCUGUGCACCAUCAAGCAAGAAUGCGAAAGAUAAGAGCAACAGCAAUACCUUGCUGGCAAUACGUGACCUGAAGCAUGCAGUUGAUUCUAACAGAAGAGGCUCCAGCUGCAGCUCAGAAAAAGACUCUGGGUAUUCUGACGGUUCCGACUGGCAGCAGACAGAUAUUGAGGUCCAGAGGAGCACCAAAAGCCAGCUGAGAUUGGUAGAACAUGCAGAGGCUCCACAAACUGGUCAAUCUAAAGUACAUGGUGGCAGAAAUACUGGAAAUCCUGCUGUCAUGUCAACCAAACUGGUUCACCAACCCAUCUACAUCAUCAAGCCAGCCACAACCAUGAAAAGAAGUCAGUUGCAUGUAAAUAACAGCCUGAGGAUAAGCAACCAUAUUGUUUCUCCACAUAUGAUCAGCCCGGAUCAGUCAAACUUUGUGCCAGCAUCGAUUCAUCUUAACAAGCCUUUCAAGUCCCAAAAUUCGAGAGUCACGGGAAAUAAAAUAAACAACACCUACCUUCCUAUUCUUAAGUCUUACCCUCGCAUAGCACCACAUCCUAUCAAGAAACCACCUGACAAGUCUUUAUCAAACCAGGAAUCCCAAUAUUUGAGCAAGAGGAUGUGCACAGAACGUAAGACUGAAGACAAUUCAGUAACGACAGGUCCGUCGGAGGAACAUCAUCACAACCAACCGACAGUUUCAAACUCUGUCCUGUUGAGCACCUUGUCAAGCAGAAACAGUUUGUCCUCCUCCACCUUCACCAUUUAUUCCACAAACCCAGGAUCUCCAUCCGUCUCUAGUCUGCACACUGCAUCUUCUGAUCACUCAGACGGCGGAAGUCAAAGGAAAAUCAACUCUAGUCCUCACCAUCGGCGAUUCCUCAACACGGUAGAACUUCUCAGGCAGUCGGGUCUGUUGGACAUUACCUUGCGUACAAAGGAGCUCCUUCGCCAGAGCAACAGCACUGAGCAGGAGAUUUCCCAGCUGCGUCAACACACAGAGUUACUCUGCCAGGCUGUCAGCAACCCAGCCCACUGCCUUAACGGUGUCACAGCCUGGGAACAUGUGUGUCAGGCCAUGACAGAGUCUGGUAGCUAUCCCAUCCUCAACAUGACACGCAAAUCUCGGAAGCCAUUACAUCCAGAUCCAAUCAGUCAACCCCAAAGUAUUUCUUUAGGUAACAUAAAAAUAUUACAAGCUACUGAAGGCUCAUGUCUUUCUAACAGCAGCUCAGAGCAAUCUCAGGUAAACCAAGAUGAAAAAGUUGAGAUCAGAGAAAGAUCUCCAGGCAUUGUGACCAUGGUGUCUCCUGACAGUUCUACUGGUUAGGAUGAUCUACAGUGCCUUCAAAAAUUGAGAUAACUAGCCUGGCUGCUGUGCCUUACCUAAAUAUUUACCUUCACUGGCAUUUUCUUCUUGCCUUACAACCUGGAAUCAAAAUGAUUUUUUGAGGAAUUUGGAUAAUUUGACAGGCUAGAAAUACUUAUUGUGAAAUAUGUCUAGAUCAGAAUUCUGAAAUAAGUUUUAAAAAAACAAGUUUUUUCUAAGGUAAAAAGCAUUGACUCUCCUCAAAAGUAAUGCCUUCUUGGGUGCUGUCAUUAAAGCACAUUUACUGCAGUAAAUCUCUAGAAUUGUGGGUGGAAAAGGAAAAAAGGUGACUGAAAUCCUGGAGAGCUGUUGCUCCUGACCACUGAAUGAAUCACAAUGUGCUUUUAGACUUGUGCACAGUACUUCCUGUCCCUUAUCACCUGAACUCACUAUAACAUAGUCACUGUGAAGCAUCGCUUUUAAAAUCCAACAUAUUGAGUUUACUUUACUUUUGGAAAUUGAUUCAAAAAUAAUCCAUUCAAACUCCAAUUUAAAACUCAUGAAACUCAACUCAUGAAAAAGAGGAAUAAAGUAAAUGGAUUCAGAACAAGUGGGACAGCAAGAACAAGUGGGUCCCAUUUAGGUGCCUGUUUAAAAAAGCAGUGCCAAAACCAGGCGAUCCUGAAAACCUGCUUGGAUUUCUGUGUUAUUUUAAAAAAGGCUUUCAUUUCUUUACUGUGUCAAUUUCAAGCCACAAAUAUACUGUACUGUCAGUAGAUAAGCAGAACUGUCCAUCACUAAAAUAUACACUAAACAAUUUAACAUCAACCUUUAUAAGCAACAUUAGACCAUGUUAGUUUUUAAAAUGAAUCACAGCUACAUCUAAUGUUGUUGGAGUCAGUUUAUUACAGAUGAAGACGGUGGGCAGUCUGUCAACCAGCCUGAGCUGGAUGUUAAACUACUUCACUGUUUCUUUGCUCCAAGAUACUAAGUAUCUUGUCACUCAGUCGCUUAUGUAGUCUAUAGCAAAGCGCCUUGUCAGGUAUUUUUGUGUGUGUUGAUAGUCUGAGCUUGGUUUGCUGUGUGUCAUUUUGUAUUGUAGGCUUUUUUAAUAACUCUACAAUGCGCUUCAAAUGAUGUGUAGUUAUUUUGCUUAACCUCUUUUUAAGACAUGCACAGAAUAAAUGAGCAGCAUUUCAAAAUCAUUUGAUGAACCAUACUCUUACGUAGCAGCUGUCAUCUCUGCUGAUUGUUUUUUGUGAUUUUUCAUAGUUUUUCUUGGUUUUUGGACUUUUACUUCACUAAUUUAAAACACUUUUCAGUGUAAGUUUGAAAGUUUGUAUUUAUUGGGGGAUAGUGUUGCAAGGACAAGCGGUUAUUAACAAUGGAUGGAUGACCAUUGAAACUCUCAUUCUCGUACUUCCAUUGAGUACUAAAGAGUAUUGGAAUUGGGCUAGAGCUGACACUAAAUGAAUAAAAACCCAUAAGAUCCAAAAAAAAAAAGAAAAACAAUCUUAUUGUUUGGAUGUAACAUGAAUUAUAUCUAUGCUAUUUCUCUACUGUCCCCUUUUGUAAAAUAAUAAUAAUAGUGCUAUCUAGUGUAUCAUAAACUGAUACAAAAUGCUUUUACCUAAAUAAUGGUCAGUAAUCAUCUGGGAGUAAAAGUGUUAUUUGAGGAUACAACAGGCGGGCCUGACGGUCAAAGUUUUCAAAUUUCAAGUGGUUUUUGGAGAAUUUUUCAGAAUUGUAAGCUAUUUAAAUAAAGCAGUUUGUGAAAAGUU